AGCAGGAGUGAAGCCUUUCGCGGAACCCAACCCUCCCCUACCCCCCUUACCCCGCAGCUGAGGAAGCCCGGCCUGGGGGAGGCCGAGGACCCACGGAUUUCUUACUUCGUCCAAGGCUCGCUUAGCAGUUGAUGCAGAAAGUAAAGAGGGCUCGGCUGGAAAACGAAAGUGCAGGAAGUUGGAGAAGGAGGAGCUGUUGCUCAGUAGCAGAGCAUCCGCUUUGCAUGCAGAAGGUCCCGGGUUCAAACCCCGCCAUCUCCAGCUGCCUAACCAAUUCAGGAGGAAGGCUGAAGAUGACAGCGGUGGACGCUCUGUCCGACAGCUCAGACGCCGUGGAGAUGGAGGACACGUCCGCUUCCCACUUCCAGGUGGAGAAGCAUUCGUGGGACGGGCUGCGUGACAUCAUCCACAGCAGCCGGAAGUACACGGGGAUGAUCGUGAACAAGGCGCCCCAUGACUUCCAGUUCGUGCGGAAGACCGAAGAGUCGAGCCCUCACUCCCAUCGGCUGUAUUACCUGGGAAUGCCAUACGGAAGCAGGGAGAACUCCCUCCUCUACUCCGAGAUUCCCAAAAAGGUACGGAAGGAAGCCUUGCUCCUGUUGUCGUGGAAGCAGAUGCUGGACCACUUCCAGGCCACCCCCCACCACGGGAUGUAUUCCAGGGAGGAAGAGCUGCUGAGGGAACGCAAGCGGCUAGGGGUCUUCGGGAUCACUUCCUACGAUUUCCACAGCGAGAGCGGACUCUUCCUGUUCCAGGCCAGCAACAGCCUUUUCCACUGCCGGGACGGAGGCAAGAACGGCUUUAUGGUGUCUCCGAUGAAGCCGCUGGAAAUCAAGACGCAGUGCUCGGGCCCCAGAAUGGAUCCCAAGAUCUGCUCCGCCAAUCCGUCUUUCUUCUCGUUCAUCAACAACAACGACCUUUGGGUUGCCAGCAUCGAGACAGGGGAGGAGCGGAGGCUGACGUAUUGCCAGAAAGGCUUAUCCAGCGUGCUAGAUGACCCCAAAUCUGCAGGCGUAGCCACGUUCGUCAUUCAGGAGGAGUUCGACCGGUUUACGGGGUACUGGUGGUGUCCCACAUCUUGCCAAGAAGGUCCCGAGGGCUGGAAAACGUUACGAAUCCUCUAUGAGGAGGUGGACGAGUCGGAGGUGGAGAUCAUCCACGUUCCUUCUCCCGCCCUGGAAGAAAGGAAGACGGACUCGUACCGCUACCCCAGGACAGGCAGCAAGAACCCCAAAAUCUCGCUGAAGCUUGCUGAGGUUCAAGUGGAUAGCCAAGGGAAGAUAGUAUCUUCCCAGGACAAGGAGCUGGUGCACCCCUUUGCAACGAUGUUCCCGCGGGUGGAGUACAUCGCGCGGGCCGGGUGGACCCAGGAUGGCAAAUAUGCUUGGGCCAUGUUCCUCGACCGUCCUCAGCACCAUCUCCAGCUCGUCCUGUUCCCCCCUGCACUCUUCAUCCCGGUUCCGGAGAGCGAGGAGCAGCGCCAGGAGUUUGCCAAAGCUGUGCCAGGGAACGUCCACCCGUUCAUUAUUUACGAGGAAGUCACCGACGUCUGGAUAAACGUCCACGACAUCUUUUACCCUUUUGUCCAGCCAGAGGGGGAAGAGGAGGAGCUUUGCUUUAUCCGAGCCAACGAGUGCAAGACCGGCUUCUGCCACCUGUACAAAGUCACCGUCGACCUCCGGCGGGGCAGCUUCGACUGGACGCAGCCGUACAUCCCUAGCCAAGAGGACUUCAAAUGCCCUCUCAGGAAGGAGGUGGCGCUCACCAGCGGCGAAUGGGAAGUCCUGGCCAGGCACGGAUACAAGAUUUGGGUGAAUGAAGAAACCAAGCUCGUCUACUUCCAGGGCACGAAGGAUACCCCCCUGGAGCAUCACCUCUACGUGGUCAGCUACGAGUCCCCCGGGGAGGUUGUGCGGCUCACCACCCUGGGCUUCUCCCACAGCUGUUCCAUGAGCCAGAAUUUCGACAUGUUCAUUAGUCACUACAGCAGUGUCAGCACCCCUCCCUGCGUCCACGUUUACAAGCUUAGUGGCCAAGAGGAUGACCCCCUCCACAAGCAGCCGAAAUUCUGGGCCAGCAUGAUGGAAGCGGCCAGCUGCCCCACUGAUUACAUCCCCCCGGAGAUCUUCCACUUCCGCACACAGUCGGACGUCGAGUUGUAUGGGAUGGUGUACAAACCUCACGACCUCCAGCCUGGGAAGAAACACCCCACUGUGCUUUUUGUCUACGGAGGGCCUCAGGUCCAGCUAGUGAAUAACUCCUUCAAAGGCAUCAAGUAUCUGAGGCUCAACACGCUCGCUUCUCUCGGCUAUGCCGUGGUGGUGAUAGACGGCCGGGGGUCGUGCCAGAGAGGCCUUAAAUUUGAGGGGGCCCUGAAGAACCAGAUGGGCCAGGUGGAGAUCGAGGACCAGGUGGAAGGCUUGCAUUACGUAGCAGAGAAAUACGGGUUCGUCGACCUCAGCCGCGUCGCCAUCCACGGCUGGUCUUACGGGGGCUUCCUCUCCCUCAUGGGGCUCAUCUGCAAACCUCACAUCUUCAAGGUUGCUAUCGCAGGGGCCCCCGUCACGGUCUGGAUGGCGUACGAUACUGGAUACACCGAACGGUACAUGGAUGUCCCAGAGAACAACCAGCAAGGCUACGAAGCAGGCUCUGUGGCGCUGCAUGUAGAGAAACUCCCCAAUGAGCCCAAUCGCCUGCUGAUCCUCCAUGGAUUUCUGGAUGAAAACGUGCACUUUUUCCACACCAAUUUCCUGAUCUCCCAGCUGAUCCGAGCUGGGAAACCUUAUCAACUACAGAUCUACCCCAACGAGCGACACAGUAUUCGCUGCCCUGAGUCUGGGGAGCACUACGAAAUCACGCUGCUGCACUUUCUUCAAGAAUACCUCUGAGGACAGGGCUGGGGGGGUGGGGGGAACGGCACG